UAAGAGAAUUCAUCGAGCAUCUGUAGAGGCUUCUUUGACCGUCGCUAGAGCACCUCUGUCACUCAAGAUCCGGCGAUAGACCGAGCCGAGCAUCCGAGUCACAUCAGCCUCACGCCUUCUUUCUCCCUCUCGCAUCAAACACCUAGAGGACUACUUCAUGGUCUCAGGCUUAUCAAAACGUAUCACCAACUCGCUUGACUCCGCGUAAACUGUCUCUCGGGAGGUACUUUUCGUAAAACACGGCCUUUCAAUUCAGACCAUUGACGACACUCCCGGCUCGACGUAUCGCCAUAGUAGACCAGACGACAGUGCACAUUACGCAGCCCAGUACUUUGCGGCGAAAAUGGGAAAACACAAGAACAUCCUCCUCAUGAUCGCCGACGACAUGGGAAAGAACAUGACCUGUUACGGCGCACGCAACCCCCAUACACCCCACCUCGACAGACUCGCCGCAUCAGGCACACGCUUCGACGCCGCCUUCACCAGCACCGCCUCCUGCAGCUGCUCCCGCUCCGUCAUCUACACGGGCCUCCACACGCACGAGAACGGGCAAUGGGGGCUCGCAUACGGCAAACAGCACUUCCAAUGCUUCGACCACAUCGAGAGCGCGCCGAAAUUGUUCAACGAUGCUGGCUACUUGACCGGCAUUAUUGGCAAGGUGCACGUCGGCCCGGACCACUUGUUCCCUUGGACGGUGCGCCAGGAGAACAACCGGAAUGGCGAGGAGGCUACGAGUCGCGAUACAGCGCUCGUGGCUGAUCGGGCGAGCGCUUUCUUCGAGCGGGCGAGGGCGGAGGACGUGCCGUUCUUUUUGACUAUCGGUUACAUCGAUCCGCACCGGCAUGCAUGGGAGCGCGGCGGGUUCGGGAACCGCGAGGGCUACGAUCCGCGGAUCAAGGACGUCAAGUAUGAUCCCAACGACGUCGAACUCCCGCCGUGGACCACCGACGUUCCCGAAGCGAGACGGGAGUUCGCCGAGUUCUAUCGUAGCAUCAAUCGUCUGGAUCAAGGCGUGGGCCUCAUGCUAGACGCAUUAAAGCGCAACGGCUUCGAAGACGACACGCUCGUCAUCUUCCUCAGCGACAACGGCCCACCCUUCGUCAACUCCAAAACCACCCUCUACGACGCUGGCGUCUGUCUCCCCCUGCUCAUCCGCGCCCCAGGCCAAGAAGCAGGCAUCGCGAAUCCCAAUCUCAUCUCCUACAUCGACCUGCUCCCAACCAUGCUCGACUGGGCCGGCACCUCCACCCUUCCUCUCUCCUCUCCACGCAAAGGCCGCUCCAUGCUCCCCAUCCUCACAGCGGGUACCACGCACCCCGCCUGGCCGCACGUCUUCGGCUCCCACACCCUGCACGAAAUCACAAACUACUGGCCCACGCGCUUCCUGCGCACGCACAAAUUCAAAUACCACCGCAACCUGCGCCCGGAAUCGCCCUUCAGCUUCGCCUCCGAUUUGUACGUCUCUUACACGUGGGAGGGCAUACGGAACAGCGCCGGCGGCGACGGCGACAAGAUCCUACUAGGAAAGCGGAAGUUGCGCGAUUAUUUGUACAGGCCGGCGGAGGAGCUGUACGAUUUGGAGCGGGACCCGGACGAGGUGCGCAAUUUGGCUGGCCAGGCGGCGUACGCGGAUGUAUUGAUUGAGAUGAGGAAGCGGUUGGAGGUGUGGCAGCUGGAGACGCGGGAUCCAUUCCUGUUACGCGAUGGUGUCAGUUUGUUGGCGGUUAAGCGGUAUGUUGAGCAUGGGGAGAAGAUUGAUCUGCCGGAUCGGUUUGAUAUGCCUGCCGACCGGCCGGGGAAUAAAGGCGUGCGAGCGGUGCAGUGGACGGAUGAUGGACUUGGUGUCUCGAGUGGGUUCUGGUCGAGUGCUUGAGGAUCGGUGACUGGAUGUUAUACACAGAGUUGAU